AGAAUGGCGGUAGUAUCAUGUAAACCUUUGUGCAUAUUGGAUGUUGGAGAGUUUCAUUUAAAUGUAGUUACCAUUUCAAACAAUUUGAUAGAUACAUUGUCAUUUUUUAUUUUUAUUUUUAGAAACAAUGUGUUCCAAUUUUGAGCAACGUAAUUUAGAAAAUCUAUUAUCCAGGCUGAACAAGUACAACUCAUGAUGAAUAUCCCAAGAUUUUGACCAAAAAUCUAGAAUUGUUUUUUGCAACCAAAAUCCCAAAAUUAACUACUGGCUAAUCUUCCAUUAAGUAGGCCCUGUGACGUGUCAGGAUCUUAGGGCCCAAUCUUUUCCCAGAUAUGCUCAGCCGUAGAUCACUCUUCGUCCUGUGAUCUUUUAUAGGGUUUGGCAAGAGGGCCCCUUUCCUCUUUCUCCUUGUAUGCAACCCAAACUACAAGUGGGGCUUCCUUUUCCCUAAGCUAUCUUCUGUUUUCUUGAUUUUUUCCUGCAAAAAUGGCUAGUACUGAAAACAACCAAAACAUUGAACCAGAAGAUAACGAGGUUAACGACUCCAAAACAGUAUCCGCUGAUCCAUUACUUGGUGAUUCUCAAGAAUACACCAUUACAGCAGUAGGUCCGUCAACAGAUAUGGUGCCGUUAUUGAAGGAAGAGCCCGAAGAAAACAACACGUCAACAGCUGGGCUAAAUAUGCAAAUACAGACAAUAGAAAAACAGCAGGUAAAAAGAUCCUCAAAAGACAGGCAUACUAAAGUUGAAGGACGUGGUCGGAGAAUCCGUAUGCCAGCUGCUUGUGCUGCUAGAAUCUUCCAAUUAACACGUGAACUUGGGCAUAAGUCUGAUGGGGAGACAAUAAGGUGGCUAUUGGAACGGGCAGAGCCAGCAAUCAUUGAAGCAACUGGAACAGGUACGGUUCCAGCUAUUGCUGUAUCUGUUAACGGAACUUUAAAGAUACCAACAACUUCGUCAGGGAAUAAUGAGGGAGAUAGUUCGACGACGACUAAGAGGAGGAAAAGGGCUGGAAAUAGUGAGUUUUAUGACGUGCAUGAAGGGCCGUCUAGUUUUGCACCUGUAACACCAAUUGUCACACAACAAGGUGUUGUUCCUGUUUGGCCAAUGGCCCAUACUGCAAUUACCGGUGGGAUUCCUUUCUAUACAACUAUUGCUGCUGGUGGACCUCAGUUGUGGGCUACACCGAUAUUUAAUGUACCUGCAAGGCCCGUUUCAAGUUUUGUAUCUGCAAUGCAACCUGGUAUUGGUUAUACUAGUGAGGUUCAAGUGAACUCUUCAUCUGUGUCAAAGAGUGAUGGUAAUGUUGUUUCAGCUAUGGCUCCAAGUUCUGGUUCUACUAGUGUGACAACUAAUACAACAACAAUCACAAGUACUAAUACCACACAGAUGCUUAGGGAUUUUUCAUUGGAGGUUUAUGACAAAAGGGAGCUUCAGUUUAUGGUUGGUUCUGCUUCCAGUGAGAAUGAUCAAACUUCUUCCUCCAAAUCAUAGGGUUCUAGGCCCAUAAAGGCUCCCUUUAUUUUUUUUAUAUUUCAUGUCUCUUAUUAUCUACCCUAGUUGUAGUUUCAAAAGAAACUUUUUUAUGUUUUAAUUAGUUUUUGGCUAAUUCACAGCUUUGGCUUUAACAUUUUGCUUGUAAAUACUCAUUAACUCCUUGAGCUUUUAGCUUGAAAAAGCAAAUGGGAUUAGAAUCCGGUUCCUCCUCUAGGAGGUUGCUUGCUUUGCUGUGA